UUUGAGCUGUAACACAAACUUAUAAGAAUUCUUAUUUCCAAAUUCACUCCCAAGAUUAUUCAUUGCAAUAAAUUAAUUCAAUUUUUACAUAUUCUCAUACACAGGAAUGGAAAUCUAGUGUCAACAAUUUUAGAAUUUUUAUUAACAAGGAAGUAUUAAGCUCAUUAGAAAUACAGGAUUAGUUAAACUAAAAAAGCAAUGUUAGUAACAAAUAUAUAUCUGAUUACUGCUGAGUAACAACAGCCAGGGCGCUAUCGAGCUCGGCGUUGUACCGUUUCAUCGCCUUCUUCAACGGAAAUUUGAGACCGAACUCGUCCAGCGCGUCCGCGCAGUCGCUCUCCACGGCGGCGCUCAGGCGGGUCAUCAGCGUACCUUUGUCGUGCGACAGGAGGGCAUGGAGGGACAGCUUCAAAUCGUCCACCGCAUUCUCGAAGCUCUCGCGGCACGUUUUCACCAGCGAAUUCCUCGUCGCCGGCGGAAGGCCCUUCACCGUCGGGAGGAUGGCGCUGCUCAUGCCCUCGAUUUUGGUGGCGUAUUCGAUGGUGGCCUUAAUGGCUCUCUCGGAUGCGUCCCGGAGGCUUCUAGCCCCGGCAACCAUACUGGCGCAGAGCUUCUUGUCGGUAGCGGUGUGGCAGUAAUCUCCGUCAGCAGCGGCCAGAUCGGCGGCGUGGGAGAGGAGGAGGAGGAGAGCAGCGGCAAUUCCGAAGGGCAACUUUUGUGAAGCCAUUUCAAUUUUGAACGAAGGAUCUGCUCUGAUUUGGGAGCGGGUCAGGCCGAAUUGCCCUUCUGGUUUAGUUUCUUCCUCUGUUCUAAGACAAUUAUUAUGAUAAUAAUUAGUAUUUAUUACAAUUAAUUAACACUGCUUAAUUAUUAUCGAGCUAAUUGUGGUGUAUCUUUGUUUGUUUCUUCUGCAUUAGGAAUCAUGUGGACAGAAAUAAAAGUGGGGAUUGGAAAGACGAGAGGAUGAACGCAUAAAAAGGUUUGAAGGAGUAACUGGGGCGACAAGUGUGGGGCUUCACGAAUUAAAAUCCACCUCAACCAUUCUUGACGUACACACCUUAUACACACCAUGUUUGUGAAUUUUUUUUUGUCUGUGAGUCCGGUUCACAGACAAUAUUUUGUUUGUGCAAAACAUUGUCUGUGAAUUGAUGUUCACAGACAAAAAAAAAAACUUUCACAGACAUUGGUGUAUACAAAAGUGUGUAUAAGAAUGUGUACAAACAUCAUUUUUGAAUCUGCCUAUACAAUAAAGUCAAUUAGGCCCUCUAACUAAAAAAAACACCCAGUUAGGUCCGUUAACUAUACAAAAAUGAUCAGCUUUAUAAUUUAGGGCCUGUUUGGUAACGGUUGCAAAACACACCCAAAUGACUAAAUCUGCUUAAAUGGCUAAAUCUGUUGACGUGAAAGUGUUUGGUAAUAUAUAGGCUGAAAUGACUGAUUAAAUGUAAAAUUACCAUAAAGGGUAUUACUAUUUGUGUUAAAUAAAUGAGUGUGAACUUUGAUAAUCAAUUGUUUUUGGAGAUAUUACCCGAAAUAGGACUAAAACAGUUUGAAAAUUCCAAAAUAGGACUGUCAUGUUUUUUAUUCCCAAAAUAAAACUAAUUACUGUCAUGUUUUGGCAGUACCAGACUUCAAACAUGACAAUAUUUUCUAAACAUGACAAUAAUUAGUCCUAUUUGGAAAUAAAAAACAUGACAAUCCUAUUUUUGAAUUUUCAAAUUGUUUUAAUCCUAUUUCGGGACUUUCCCUUGUUUUUGCUUGAUUAGAACUUUUAAAAAUAUACUCCGUAAAUCUACAUUGGCAUCACACAAGCACAUCAUCCAUAUAAUCAUGAAUGGAGGAAAAUGCAUUUUGCAAGGCUAAUUUAAGCACUUAGCUAUGUCUCGGUUUGAAUUUGAGACACUUCAAGUUUGGCCUAGAAUUAAAGAAGAAGAUAGGUCGCAACUUAUCUUUGUGAAUAUGGAACAGCAGAGCAAAAGUCUUCGAUUUAGAUAAGAAACUACUCCCUUCGUCUUAUAAAAUUUGGCUAAUGUUGACUUGCACGUAGAUUAAUAAAGUAAAAGUUGUGUGGUUGUUAUUUGUGCGGAGGAGAGAGAAAUAAGGCAAAUUAUACCGUGCAACCGGAGCACCAUGAGGUUGGUGCGCCCGGUUGCAAAACGACGCAGCUUCCCUGUUUUUUUUGCUUUUGUUGUUUAAAAAUGAUGAUAACUUUCUUAUUUUUGAUCCGAUUUUUAUAAAAUUUAUAUCAACAUUUUUUAUUUUUCAUGAUCUUUCAAAUGAGACUAAUAUUGCUUAUGUAAUGUUAAGAAAUUAUCGAACUAUUAUAUUAAUGAGUAUUGGAUUAUAAGGAAAAUCGAAUCUGUUUGGGAGAUGAUAGGUUUGUGAAAUAGAAAAUUGAAUCUGUUUGGGAGUGGAUCAGUGGCAUCAGUUACAUUUGAUAAUACAUUGAGUUACAUCUUUUUAUGAACGAGUUACAUCUUUUUAUAAGCAAGUUACAUCUUUUUAUAAGCAAGUUACAUCUUUUUAUAAGCAAGUUACAUCUUUUUAAAAGCGAGUUAAAUAUAUAUAAACACGAGUUGCAUUUGACAUGCCUGAACGCGACUUACAUAUAUUUACACGUAAAGUUACAUAUUUUUACACGUAAAGUUACAUAUUUAUACACGCGAGUUACAUAUUUCUACACACGAGUUGCAUUUGACCUGUCUGAAUGCGAGUUACAUAUUUUUUUUUACGUAAAGUUACAUAUUGUUACACGUAGAGAUACAUAUUUAUACACACGAG